AUGGCAAGAAGCUUCUUUUCGGGAGUAAGCAAGGGUUUGUGGGGCUGUGUGCCCUUGGCGUGUAGAAGCUUCUCUUUGAGCGUUUCUGGAUUGUACCGUGUAAGGGUCACCCUCCCACCCCCAAAAGUAGUUGAUCGUUGGAACGAGAAGAGAGCCCUGUUCGGGGUGUAUGACAACAUCGGGAUCCUGGGUAACUUUGAAAAGCACCCCAAGGAAUUGAUCAAGGGCCCCAAAUGGCUUCGAGGUUGGAAGGGAAACGAGUUACAGCGUUGUAUCAGAAAGAAGAAAAUGGUUGGGAAUCGGAUGUUCACUGAUGACUUGCACAACCUUAACAAACGUAUCCGAUAUCUUUACAAACACUUUAAUCGGCAUGGAAAGCACCGAUAG